AACGUACGUUUUUAUUACAUAGGUGUGAUAUUGAUUGUAGCGAUACUUUUUAUAGAAAUUUCUAAUCGAACUACUUCAAAUCGGUCAGCCUGCUGCUAGGCCCUAAAUCAGUCUGCCAUACUACGAGGUUCGUCAACAUGUCUUCUCAUCUGCAGUGGAUGGUCAUUAGGAACUGCUCCAGCUUCCUCAUCAAGAGGAAUGGACAGACUUACAGCACCGAGCCCAACAACCUGAAGUCCAAGAACUCCUUCCGUUUCAACGGGCUGGUGCACAGGAAGACUGUUGGUGUUCAGCCUGCAGCUGAUGGAAAGGGUGUUGUUGUCGUGCUGAAGAAGCGUGCAGGCCAGCGCAAGCCUGCCACUUCAUAUGAGAAGAUCACCAUCAACAAGAACUCGCGUGCCACUCUGAGCAGCCUGAGGCACAUCAUCCGCAAGAACAACUACAGAAAGGACCUGCGCAUGGCUGUUCUGCGUCGUGCCAGCGCCAUCCUGAUGAGCCAGAAGCGUGUGGUGGUGGUGAAGAGGCGUUCCAAGGCUGCCAAGACCGCAUAGUUGCCGAGUUAUGACAAAUACAAAUAAAAAUUGGGUUUGAAAAACA